AUGAAUAUUUUGAAAGAAUAUGCAAUUGAAGAAAAUCAGGUUGUAGCAAUAGUUUGGGACAACGGUGCAAACAUAAAGAACGCUGUUACGGAGCAUUUACGUAGACCACACCAUCCCUGUGUGGCUCACACAUUAAAUUUAAUAACCAAGGAGGCGCUUAAUGAAAAUGAUUGUCUCAAACAAUUAAUUUCAAAAUGUAAAACUUUAAUUAGUUAUUUCAAGCAUAGCGGCCUGGCUACAAAUAAACUAAAAAAAUCCCAAGAAGACAUAGGAGAUGCUCCCCUUAAAAUAAAACAAGCUGUAGAUACACGAUGGAACUCCAUAUUAUUGAUGUUAGAAAGACUUCUAGAAGUCAAAAACGCUUUAUCUGUAGCGAUUACUAAUUUACCCACUGCCCCUGAAUUUAUUGAAGCUUCAGAGUGGAGCAUUAUUUCUGAUUGUGUUCCAAUUCUAAAACUAGAAUUAGAACUAAUGACAACAGGCGAAAAGUACCUAACCAUGUCGUCUGUAAUUCCUUUAGUUAGAGGGCUACAAUUUACAUUGAAAAAUAUGAACCCAGAAACUGAAGUAGGCGUAUGGUUGAGAUCUAAAUUGUUAGAUACAGUUUCAAGACGUCUGGGAGUGCUUGAGUCCAAUAAAAUUGUAGCUAAAAGCACUUUUCUUGACCCACGUUAG